GAUAUAGAGAAAUGCCUGAGCUAUAUCAUUUCGAUGACUAUGAUCUUUGCCUGGACAAAUCCUCCCAUGUUGAUCACUCGUUAUUGGCUCAUAGAACUUAUUGCAUGGUCUAUGCAGAAAUUGCUGUCAAUGGCAGUUCCCAGCUAUGGCAAGAAAUUGAAAGGAUUUCGCAGGAUGGCAAGCAUUAUUUUCGUCAUGAUCGACUAUUUAUGGGCGUUUGUUUGCAGCAUUGCAAGGAAACUUUGAGAACCCUUAGCAAAUUCCAUAUACAACAACUCUAUGAGGGUAAAAUUGAGGACAAAGAACUAAGCCUAUACUAUGACAAGGUGCACAAGAGAAAUUCAGAUGAACAUUUACACUAUGAUCAUUUGAUAAAUAGUUGCUUAAAUCGAGAAUUUGGUAAGAAAUUUCCCUUACGUCUACGCAGUCACAUUGAAUACUGUGUGAAAGCCGAUGAGCAUAAGAAAUUUGAUGGAGCAGAUCUCACCAUGUUUUUACUCUUGGCCACUUUGCUUAUACUGACCAUUAUAUCCUCAAACUAUGAUUUUCAACUAAAAACCGAGAGUGGCCGGCAAGGCAAUGAGUUCUAUAAGCAAAAUCUCAAGUCAAAUACUCAAAGACUAUUUGCAGCAUUUUCAAUAUGUCGCAAUUAUUAUCGUCUAAUAAUGCCACAUUCCAGCGAUAUCUCACGCGAUCUACGUUUCUUUGAUGCAUUUCGUGUGAUUGGCGUUUUUGUCGUGAUCUUGGGACACACUCUAAUGCUUUUCAUGUCCAUACAAGUUGAGAAUCCAGAAUUUUAUGAACAAUUUCUAUAUAGAUUCGAAGCCGCUAUAUUUCAAAAUGGCAAUGUUAUAAUACAAAUAUUUUUUGUCAUGAGCGGUUUUUUGCUCUAUAUGAAUUUUACAGAACGUCAAUGGUUGGAUACAAGUUCUGGAAUAUGCAAGUGCAUAGGAAUCUAUUUAAGGGUUUUCUUUAAUCGUUAUUUUCGUAUUAUACCCUCAUUGUUAUUUUUAAUAUUAUUUAAUGCCACCAUAUUGACCCAUUUGGGUAAUGGACCUUUUUGGCGUCAUGUGACGGAGGCGGAAAGGGUUUUCUGUCGCGAAAACUGGUGGAAGAAUGUCUUAUUUGUUAACAAUCACAUGAUGGAAGAGAGUUGUGCCCAACAGACUUGGUAUCUAGCUGCUGAUAUGCAGCUUUUUGAACUAUUUCUAAUUGUCAUAGUCAUAAGCAAAAAACAUCCUAGAUUGAGACGUUAUAUCUAUAUGAUUCUCUUAAUACUAACAUUCAUUGUGCCUGCUCUGCUGACCUAUUAUAUGAAAUUGGAUGCUAUUUAUCAUUUAAAACCAGAAACCUUUCGUUAUUUAUGGUUUCGACACUCUGAUACCUUUUAUCAGACAUAUCCUCCGUUUUAUACCAAUUUGGGUGGUUAUUUAUUUGGUUUCCUUAGUGCUCAAUUCUAUUUGAAAGUGCGUGAGUCUGGCAAAUGCCAAAAAUAUCGUGGACAAUUAAAAUAUGAACUGGGCGUUUGGGUAAUGUUGCCCCUCGCCUUGCUUAUAUUGCUUUCCGGUUAUAUAUUCAUCAAAUAUGAUUUUGAAAAACCAUCCAUUUGGUUGGCUAUAUAUGCGGGGAUCUAUAAGAAUUUAUGGAUUCUGAUUUGUGCUGGAUUUGUGUGCUGCAUGUGCCUGAAAUUGGGAUGGAUUGCCUAUGAAUUUUGCACUUUGCCUGUGUUUCGUCCUUUGGCUCGCAUAUCCUUUCAGGCUUUUCUUUGGCACAUUGUGAUUUUACGUAUAGUUGCUGGUUAUUAUCGAAAACCAAUCUAUGUGAAUGAAUUCUCCUUGUUUUGCCACACUUUGAUCGUGUUUGUCUUGACCCAGCUGGUAGCCUUCCUAAUGACUUUAUUUGUCGAAUAUCCCAUAUCAGAGUUGAUUAAAUAUAUCAUGAAUCAGGAACUAGCUAUUAAGAGCCCAAGGAACAAACAAAUUGAACCAAAAGAUCAGGUUGAUCUGAAUAUUCUUCCCUUGGUUGUUAUUAAAUAAAUCAUAAACAAAAAAAAAAAAAAACCCCCACUGUAUUGUAUUA